AUGCCGCCCUUGCAACGGCUGGAUGAAGCGUUUGGGGUGCGGCCUGGCACGCAGAGUAACAGACGGGUCCUCCGCACCUACAAGUGGAUCCAGUUCAAAGGACACGAGGAGGUGACCGAGUUUGAUGAGCAGCACUUUGCGGCUGAGGGCAUUUUUUCCCAAAACUCUUCCCAAGGUCAUAAGGAGUAUCAAGACCGGCUGCGCACCAUUCACCUGCGAAAGGAAGGCCUCGAUAAGGCGCAAAUCGCUGCAGCCUUGGGGCGAUCCGAACGGUUUGUGGCCAAGUGGUGGCAGAAGGAGAACAAGGAAAUUCCAAGGCCGUGGGGUGUUCAUGAAUAUUUAACCAAGGAUAUGGGUCGAAAUUCCAAUGGCGUUGGAGCCACCAAUGGUGCCACAAUGGUGGAAGAUUCUGUACAAGAUACGGCGACCUGGUGGCGAGACGUUGAGGUGAAACGAAAGUUUGCAGAUGAUCCCGUCAUCUAUGAGGAGAUCUUGCAGAAUACUGAGUGGAAGGCCAGCAAUGCUCGAACUCGGGACUUUGCCACCGGUGCCUAUCACCUGAAAUAUGAUCAGCGUGGGAACAUCAGGUGGGAAGGUCAUCAGAAUGGAAAGUACCAACCGGGCCUUUCCCCGGCCACGGACAAGAUUUUGCAAAAGCUGUUUGCGGAAUAUGGCAUUGCAGACCGAACCUCCGGUAUCAUCACCAACUGGUAUCCCGAUGGUCAAGGGAAUCUGGGCAGUCACCGCCAUGACUGUUGGACAGCGUUGUUCAGCUUUGGGCAUGAGAGGAUCCUGACCAUCGACAACACUCCACUGCUGAUGCAGGAUGGCGAUUUAUGCAUCUUUGGAACGCAGAGACAUGGUGUGCCUAUCAUGCCAGAGAUCACUGAAGGCCGCAUUACGCUGGUAGUGUUUUUCUACCCCAACGAUAUGCAGAAGAAAGGCAUGUGGCAGACCAUCACCGAUCCCGAAACCAUGACAACAUCCCCAGCGUUUGGUCGUAUGCUGCAUGACCAACAUCUCAAUCUUCAGAAUGAGAAGGAGUUGUUGACUCCACAAUUUGAGAAGGAGCUGCUGGCGCUGCAGGUCUUGGGUUUCUCUUCCUCCGACGCCAUGGUCGCCCUGCGCAGCGCCCAGGGUGAUGUGGAUCGGGCUGCGGAGCUGCUGCUGCUCAGCGGCGCAGCACCGGAAAUGACCUUGGAAGCACCCAAGGAGAGAAACCCACCGUUCGGUGGACGCUUUCAACGGCGCCGCGUCGGGGCGGUGUCGCCGGGUCAUGGCACCUCCAGUGCAUCGACAGACGUUCCACCUACCGAGGAAGACGAUGAGCAGCUCGCCAGACGAUUGCAAGAAGAAGUUGAGGCUUCUGGCGCCAUGUCGGAUGCCGAAGUAGCAGCUCUUGCCAUGCAACUGGAUGAACUCGAUGGCUUCGCAGAUCCCUCCCUCCUGGCUGCGCAAUUCCAAGAGUACGAUGAAAAGUUCACCAUGGACGACGCUGAGAAAUGGAAUGGCCAUGGGGAUUUGAUGCACUCGCCCUUUUCGCGAGAGCAUUUGUCCCUGGAGAAGAUGGAUCCUGUGACCCUCUACUCCGUUGGACAUGGCGAUAUGCUUGAGAAGGACUUUUGGGAGAUGCUUCAGUGCCAUUCCAUCAGGGUGCUCUACGACAUCAGACCUACGGACUACAGGGGCGAAUUCCAUUCCCGGCAUCAGCGGUUCAGCAUCGCGUCUCUACGUGGACAAUGCCGUGCUCGGGGCGUGUUUUUCAAGUCCAUGCCGAUUGGUCGGGAGAGUGCCUAUGGAACGCUGGCGCACGUCAGGAGCGACGAAGGUCGUCAUACCUUGGUCGAACUGGCGUGGCAAGCCAAGAGGAAGCGCACUGCAUUUUUGGGAAGUGAGGAGCUCUGGAAAGACGACAAUCGUCAGGUGAUUGCAGAAGAGCUGGUGAAAGCAGGCCAUGAGGUGCAACAUGUCCGCAGCGACGGUUCAACGGAGAAGCACCUCCCGGGGAUUCAAUACCCUGACUGGCUCUUGCGUGAGGAGGACCGAUUGAAGUUGCUGGAGAAGAAACGACAAGCUGGAGAGGCAGGAGAGAAAGUCCACAAGUCCAGGUUGGAACGUAGCUCAGAGGCUGUUGCUGCUCGCCUGGCCCGGCCCACCGACGAGCUGGAUGCAAUGACAGAACUCCGCCUAGCAGCAAACCAACGAGAGUUGGUGGUGGCUCAACGCAAGCUGGCGCGGUACCAGCGCCUGGCAGAUGAGAAGGGCUUGUUGGCCAACAAAGUUCUGAAGAAUGUUCCAGAGUGGGUGCGAGAGGAUGCCCUUAAGCAAGCUCAAUGGGUUGCUGCCAAGAAGAAGGAGAAGGCAGAUGCAGAAGGUGUGAAGGAAGAUCUGGAAAAGGAGUGCUGGAGAUGA